AUGACCGAAGUCGACUCCGUGUGGGCCAACCGCAAAGACGCCCCGUCAGCGACAUUGAAGCUGCUGAAAGAUCCCACGACCCAGCUCCUCCCUGGCCUCACCGCCGUCAUCUGCGGAGGCCAUUUCCCAGGUAGCAUGGUCCUACAUUCCGCGCCGCCGAAUACUUCCCUGCCCACGCUGUUUGUGGCAGACACGAUCUUCGCAGUGGCUUCGUCCAAGAACCCAGAUCCGGGGAAACGGAAGGAUACCAUGUCGUACCAGUUCCUCUGGAGUAUUCCGAAUAUGAUCCCCUUGCCGCCAGAUACGGUCAUGCAGAUCUGGAAGGCUCUGAAACCGUUCGAGUUCAAGGCGACGUAUGGCGUCAUGGCGAAAAUCAGUAAUGUUUUUGAGAAACCCGGCCAAACGCUCAGCUUGAAGCAGAGGGUGCUGCAAAGCGCAAAAAUCGCUGUCAAGGCCAUGGGGUAUGCGGACCAUAGCAUUUUCGCGGAGAAGUUGUAA